AUGGAGCAGCUGAAUCUACCGAUCCUCGAAUAUGCAGAGGCCAUUGCAAACACACUGGCAACAUUACACUGGGACGCAGAAAUCGAUGCGAAUGACGUCGAGUUUGUACUGGGUACACGCCGUCAACUUGAUGUCGAGUCUAUACAGUCCCUAUCCUCGGCUUAUAUUGCGAAUCAACCAUAUAAUUACCCUACACGCCGAACCGACGACGCCUCAAGACUAGAGCCCAGCACACAGCUCCAAGAGAAAUCCACAGAUCUACAAGUCUGGUGA